AACGAAUCUAUAAAAAUCCCCUCACUUUCAAAGGUUUUGUGAGCCAAAAAAAAAACAAAAAUUGUCUUGAGAAAUAGAUAAAGAUUCAGUAAUGACCACCUCAGGCACCGCUGCUACGUUCAGACCGUCCAUUUCAGCUUCUUCCGAAUCGACCCAUCUGAGAUCGCCCUUCAAACUCCCCCAAUUUACGCCUCUGCCAUCGUCUCGCUCGCGGUCGUCUUCGUCGUUCUCUGUCUCCUGCACCAUCGCCAAGGACCCGGCUGUUCGCAUGGCGGAGGCGGAGAAGACAAAGGUCGCUGGAUCUGAUUCGACCCUGUGGCAACGACCCGAUUCGUUCGGUCGGUUCGGGAAGUUUGGCGGGAAGUACGUCCCUGAGACCCUUAUGCACGCCCUCUCCGAGCUCGAAACGGCUUUCUAUUCGCUCGCCACCGACGACGAUUUUCAGAAAGAAUUGGCAGAGAUCUUGAAAGACUAUGUGGGUCGGGAAAGUCCUCUUUACUUCGCAGAGAGGCUCACGGAGCAUUACCGCCGAGAAAACGGUGAAGGACCGCUCAUAUACCUCAAAAGAGAAGACCUGAACCACACAGGGGCUCACAAGAUCAACAACGCGGUGGCUCAGGCUCUUCUCGCCAAGCGUUUAGGAAAGAAGAGGAUUAUCGCAGAGACAGGAGCUGGUCAACACGGUGUAGCCACAGCAACCGUGUGUGCCCGUUUCGGUUUGCAAUGUAUUAUCUACAUGGGAGCUCAAGACAUGGAGAGACAAGCUCUUAAUGUAUUUAGGAUGCGUCUUCUCGGUGCUGAGGUAAGGGGAGUCCACUCUGGAACAGCGACUUUAAAGGAUGCAACAUCAGAAGCUAUAAGGGAUUGGGUGACAAAUGUGGAGACUACACAUUACAUAUUGGGAUCUGUUGCGGGUCCUCAUCCUUACCCUAUGAUGGUCAGAGACUUUCACGCCGUGAUUGGUAAAGAAACGAGGAGACAAGCGAUGGAGAAAUGGGGAGGGAAGCCUGAUGUUCUGGUUGCUUGUGUUGGUGGAGGUUCGAAUGCUAUGGGACUAUUCCAUGAAUUUGUCGAUGACUCAGAGGUUCGAAUGAUUGGUGUGGAAGCCGCUGGAUUUGGAUUGGACAGUGGCAAACACGCUGCCACAUUGACAAAAGGAGAUGUUGGUGUACUCCACGGAGCUAUGAGUUACUUGCUUCAAGAUGAUGAUGGCCAAAUCAUUGAACCACACUCCAUCAGUGCCGGCUUGGACUACCCUGGAGUAGGACCUGAGCAUAGUUUCCUUAAAGAUGUAGGACGGGCUGAAUACUACAGUGUUACCGAUGAGGAAGCCUUAGAAGCGUUCAAGAGAGUGUCUCGGUUGGAGGGAAUAAUCCCGGCAUUGGAGACAUCCCAUGCGUUGGCCCAUCUCGAGAAGCUUUGUCCGACGUUACCCGAUGGAACCAGAGUGGUGUUGAAUUUUAGCGGGAGAGGCGAUAAGGAUGUUCAGACGGCUAUCAAGUAUCUUGAAGUUUAAAGAGAAGAAUAUUAUCAUUUUCAGACUCUGUCAUUUUCUUUUACGUAGUUUGUUAGUUCUUGCUUCUGAUCGGGAACCCAAAAAUCGGAACAGAGGAUUAGGAAGAGAACAAAAACGAGAGAAUGUAUCCCUUAAAUAAUAAUGUUCUAUGGAACUUUUGAUGUUCUUGAAAGAAAUUCGAACUGUUCUGUU